CAGGGGACAGUUCUGUACACUCGCCAUUGUCAGUCAGUGCUAAAGCAUACAGUGUUCUUGACAGUGCUCUAGUUGGAUUAAGUGAUACUGCCCAAAAUGUGGGUGGAACUAAUUCUAACCUUUAUUGGCUUGUUCCUCUCGUUAUAUUUGUACAUGACGAGGAAGUUCAAUUACUUCAAAGAUCGGGGGAUUCCCUAUAUGGAACCUUCCUUCCCAUUUGGAUCGAACAAUAUGUUCCAGACCUUCACUGGAAAGUCCUCGUUUGUGGAAAUUGGUGAUUACAUCUACUGGAACUUUCCUGGGGCCAAGAUUGUGGGUCAGUUCCAAUUCUCUGAGCCUCAGGUCAUGGUCAAAGAUCUGGAAUUAGCCAAGAACAUUAUGAUCAAAGAUUUCGACUAUUUCAUGGACCGGAGACCCUUUGAAAUUCUUGGCAAAGAAAAACUGAAUAAAAUAAUGGGCCGAAUGUUGACCUCUCUCAAGGGAGACCAAUGGAAAACUAUGAGAAGCAUUGUAUCUCCAGUUUUUACGAGUGGCAAACUCAAGUCCAUGACUGUGUUGGUAAACAAGGUUGGUGAUGAUUUUGUGGAGCACAUGGCCAAAUACAGCAAGAGUGGAGAAGCUUUCAACGCCAAAGAUACAUUUACUAACUUCACCUUGGACGCUAUCGCCAAUUGUGGAUUUGGGUUUGAGGCAAGAACCUUGAAGAACCCCGAAAAUCAAUUUAGAGUGAUGAUCAAUAAAUUGAUCAGAGGAAACCAAGUGAUUCAAAUGGCCAAGUUCAUCCUUAUAUCAGUGUUUCCAUGGACGACGAAGAUCAAGGAGUUCAGCUUCUUGGACAGAGAGGCCGGGGACUUUAUCUUGGAUAUUUUCAGCCGAAGCAUGGAGGAGCGAAGAAAGUCCAAGGUCAAACGAAACGACCUCCUUGACCUUCUGAUGGAUGCCUUGGAAGCCGAUCGCCAAGGUAUCAAGCAAAACCUGGAAAACGACCAGUUCGAUCAAGACGCCCAGGUUCACGUGUCCAAAAAGAGCGCCAUUCCCGAUGAUGAAAUCGAUUUGUUUCUUCUAUCCAACGCAUUCAUUUUAUUCUUUGCCGGUUUCGAUACCUCCUCCUCAAUCAUGAGCAUCGUAUCUUACUUCUUGGCCACUAAUGAGGAUGUUCAAGAAAAGGUUUAUGAAGAGGUGUCUGAGGCCAUAACUCAAAACGGAGGUAGCGACAGUUUGGAUUACAACACCAUUCAAGGAAUGUCCUACUUGGACAAGGUGGUCCAUGAAACCUUGCGGUUAUACCCAUUGACCUUGAUUGAGCGCCUGUGCGUCAAGGACUACAAGGUUCCAGAUACGGAUUUCGUGAUCCCCAAAGGAAUGUUGGUACAAAUCCCAUCCCCCGCCAUCAUGAAGGAUCCUCAAUAUUUCGAUAAUCCGAAGGAGUUCAAUCCAGAGAACUUCAGCCCGGAAGCCAAGGCCAAACGAAGUCCAUACAGUUUUUUGGCCUUUGGUCAAGGACCUAGGAAUUGUGUGGGCAUGAGAUUUGCUCUGCUCCAAGUCAAAUUGUCCAUGAUUCGUUUGGUAGCCCAUUAUCGGGUGGAACGAUGUGCCAAGACCGUCUCCGAGCUCAUCCCUGAUCCCAAAUCGCCAUCCAUGAUGCCCAAAGGAGACGUCUGGCUAACUGUAUCGCCCAGAAAUUCAAGUUGAAGACGCACCCAAAAAUCAUUACAGUAUUUGAAAACCUGUGCUCAACCAAAAAUUGCGUCUUUGAAUUUCAGUUAUCAUUGGACCACAUGAAAUAAGACCCAUUUUUCUGUAUGUUUUUGGAAUCAAUUAUGAUUAUGCUUUACAUAAUGAACCUGAACGGUCUGAGCGCA